CCCAGCACCUAGUCUUCCGCCCACCAACAGGCACGCACUCGCUCCCAAAACAUCGCUGUUUUUUCCGGCCUUUCCUCCCGCCGCAAAGCCCUCCCUUCGCCCCUCAAAAAAAGAAAAAACAAGCCGUUCGAACCACCGAGAUGGAGGCCCUAGUCAAGUUGCGACAGGCUAUCAAAGACAACCAGGCAAUCGAGUUGAUAACCGUCACAGACACCGAGACGCCCACCUCCUCCAUCCGCGACGCCACGCACGUGCGGCUCGGGGGCGGCAGUGCCGCAGCGUCGUACCCGCUCGAUGGCGUGACGUCUUUCACCUGCGAAAACGAGCCGCAGACGCUCCGCGCCGUUGUGUUCUGCUGGCUCCACGAUAAGUCGUCGAUCGUCGAGUACAAAACCGCGUGCAUGGAGAACCAGGUCGCGGACUUCAAGUUCUUGGCCAAGGCCGAGUUGACCACGUGGUUGGGCGGCCACUCGGAGUCGUGCAAGUUCAUACAGAACGACGCUGGCGCCGGCCGCCCGGAGACCGGCACGGCCACAAAAACGCCCGCAGGGCCCGGGGCCAGCGCUGCGCCGAGAAAACGGCGGCUGGACGACCCCCGCGUGGCGCGGCUCGCGGCGUACGAGGUGGACUCGCUCGACCACAACGCCGCGUUGCGCGGCACCAAGAACAUCGUGCUCAAAAACCUCGUUUCCGACGCCAAGAAGUUCACGGCGCAGUUGAAGCGGGCGCGGCCGGCGCGCCCGGGCACCAAGGCCGCGGCCGCGGCCAAGAAACAGCCCAUCAUCAUCGUGUCGCCGGCCACCACCGCGCUUCUUUCGUUGAGCAACAUCAAGGAGUUCUUGGAGGACGGCCGGUUCGUGGAGCCGGCGCUCAAGCGGGCGGAGAACAACGUGGUCACGGUGCUGCGGCCCACGGACCGCUUCGUGCGCGCGGCGCAGCUGAUCAUGGUGGUGGACAACGUGGACUUGUUCACCAAGCCCGAGUACUGGGACCGCGUCAUAGCCAUUUUCACCACGGGCCAGGCGUGGCAGUUUGCCAAGUUCAAGUACUCGCGGCCCGAGCUCUUGUUCCAGCACUACCAGGGCUUCUACAUGGGGUACCUGGGCGACAUUGUGCCCAAGCAGAUCCACGACUGGAACGUGACGCCGAUAGCCGUAGACCGCGGCGAGAAGCGCUUUCGCGACAAGAUGCUCGUGCGCGACUUGUGGGCGCAGCUCGACAAGACGCUAGCCGCCAAGAACUACGGGGUCUAGGCGCCCUUUUUGGUUCCGCAGCCAAGCCCGGGCGACGCCCUGGACCGGGCGCAGGGAUGCGAGUCUAUGUGAGCAUGGGGCUGAGGAACAACGCGUGCCAGGAACUGGGGGGCGUGCUUUGUGACUGACACGAUAUGACAUGACAUGACACGACACGACAUGACAUGACACGACACGACAUGCAUGUUACUGGCUGGACAUCAUGGCAGGCUUGCUCUUAUCUUCAGAGUUCGAGUGGUGAGAGUAGUGCCGGCAGCGGCGGCGGCGUGCCUGCUGAGCCUCAUGCCGAGAGACCCUUCGAUGCAACUGUGCGCUUUGUUGGGCCAUCAGAAAUGUCUGCUUACACCCCGCCAAAAACGAGCUGGAGAGGAGCUCUUGGCUCCGAGCUGGAGAGGAGCUCUUGGCUCCGAGCUGGAGAGGAGCUCUUGGCUCCGAGCU